AGAGACCCUUAAAGAUUUUAAAAGAGAGACGGAGUCAGACAGUUUGACAGUCACUCACUGAGCUUUGCAUCGCGUGCGCACAGACACAACUUAUCCGCUGCGCGUCAGGACUGCAGUCGUUCGCGCCACUCUCCCAUCCGUUCCCAUGUUUAGGAUGCUACAAACACCACAGCUCCGUCAAGGCGUGAUUGCACUUUUUAUGUGGUUCACUCACUUUAUGGAGGACUACAAAGUCCAGGCGGGUAACUGCUGGUUGCAGCAGGGAAAGAACGGCCGGUGCCAGGUGCUCUACAUGUCCGGGAUGACCCGAGAGGACUGCUGCCGGAGUGGUCGUCUGGGCACCGCAUGGACCGAGGAAGAUGUGCCCAACAGCACGCUGUUCCGAUGGAUGAUCUUCAAUGGAGGCGCGCCUAAUUGCAUACCUUGUAAAGAAACAUGCGAUAGCGUUGACUGCGGUCCUGGGAAGAGAUGCAAGAUGAACAAGAGGAACAAGCCCAGGUGUGUGUGUGCUCCAGACUGCUCCAACGUCACAAGGAGGGGGUCCAUCUGUGGGUCGGAUGGAAAAUCCUACAAGGAUGAGUGUACAAUGCUCAGGGCCCGCUGCAGGAACCAUCCUGACCUGGAGGUCCAGUACCACGGACGCUGCCGCAAGACGUGUCACGGAGUUCGCUGCCCUGGCUCUGCGUCGUGUGUCGUGGACCAGACCAACAAUGCCUACUGUGUGGCCUGUAAUCACCAGUGUCCAGAGGUGAAAUCACCUGACCAGUACCUGUGUGGCAACGACGGCGUUGUUUAUGCCAGCGCCUGUCAUCUGAGGAGAGCCACGUGCAUCCUGGGAAGGUCCAUCGGCGUGGCGUACGAAGGGAAAUGCCUUGACGCCCGGUCAUGUGGCGACAUCGUGUGUCGGGGAGCGAAAAGGUGUCUGUGGGAUGAAGCGAGUGGCCGCGGACGCUGCUCUGUGUGUGACGAGCCAUGUCCGGAGAGUCGCCCGGGUGAGAGUGUGUGCUCCAGCGACAACAAAACCUACCCCAGCGAGUGUUCCAUGAGGCAAGCCGCAUGCGCUCAGCAGCGUCACCUGGAGGUCAAACACUCAGGAUCCUGCAACUGUUUAAACCAGGUUUAAACCAUCACCCCACUGCCCAGCCCAGCCCCCCUCUCAGCCUCCAGCCUCUCUCAUAACCACAAUCACUUUUCUUUAUGUCCCGUACUCUGGUCCAUGGAAGAAGAGAAGCAGACUGUCAGUGAAUCAAGUCAAGGAAAAUUUGAUUCAUGUUGCAGUUGGAUUCUGUGCUGUUGUUAGGGUCAAUGGGGCGGUGGUUAGAGCAUUGGACUAGCAGUUAGUUAGAGCGUUAGUAGUGGUUAGAGCGUUGGACUAGUAACUGAAAGGUUGCAAGAUCGAAUCCCCGAGCUGACAAGGUAAAAAUCUGUCGUUCUGCCCCUGAACAAGGCAGUUAACCCACUGUUCGUAGGCCGUCAUUGAAAAUAAGAAUUUGUUCUUAACUGACUUUCCUAGUAAGAUGAAAUAAAAAAAUAAAAAAAUUAUGCUUAAUUUUGCUGUGAGAUUCUGUGCUGUUGUUAGGGUCAAUGAUGCUUAAUGUUGCAGUGAGAUUCUGUGCUGUUGUUAGGGUCAAUGAUGCUUAAUGUUGCAGUGAGAUUCUGUGCUGUUGUUAGGGUCAAUGAUGCUUAAUGUUGCAGUGAGAUUCUGUGCUGUUGUUAGGGUCAAUGAUGCUUAAUGUUGCAGUGAGAUUCUGUGCUGUUGUUAGGGUCAAUGAUGCUUAAUGUUGCAGUGAGAUUCUGUGCUAUUGUUAGGGUCAAUGAUGCUUAAUGUUGCAGUGAGAUUCUGUGCUGUUUUUAGGGUCAAUGAUGCUUAAUGUUGCAGUGCGAUUCUGUGCUGUUGUUAGGGUCAAUGAUGCUUAAUGUUGCAGUGAGAUUCUGUGCUGUUGUUAGGGUCAAUGAUGCUUAAUGUUGCAGUGAGAUUCUGUGCUGUUGUUAGGGUCAAUGAUGCUUAAUGUUGCAGUGAGAUUCUGUGCUGUUAGGGUCAAUGAUGCUUAAUGUUGCAGUGAGAUUCUGUGCUGUUGUUAGG